AUGGGCAAGGGACAGCGCGCGCGUAAGGCCGCGGCCGACGCCAUGCUGGCCGCCGCCAUGGCGCAGAGCAAGCCGUCCGUGCUGGAGCAGGAGUACCACGCGCCGUCGUCGCUGCAGGUCGUGGCGCCCAAGGCCCCGUCGGGUCUGGGCGUGGUCGUGCCGCCCGUGCACAAGAAGCCGUCGCCGCCGCCCUCCGAGACGUCCGCGUCCUCGUCGGACGACAGCGACGAGUUCCGCGAGCUCGCGUCCGAGGAGCAGCGCGAGGCGCUCAAGGCGCUCGAGGACGCGGAGGCAGCCAAGGCGCAGCUGAGCCCCAUCCUGUCGCGCCUCGUGGCUGCCUUCUCCUCCAAGGGCGAGCGCAACGCCGCCGCCGCUGACAUUGUGGCGGCCGUGGAGGUCCUGGGCGUGGCCAGCCCCGCUGCCAUCCACCUGCUCGACGAGAUCAAGAAGUUCCUCGUGGCCAAGCCCACCACCGCCCGCGAAGGCGCGCUGCUGGCCGUUUCCGCUCUGCUCAAGAACGAGCAGCUGUCGUCCGUGAUGGAGCCCGUCGUGGUGGAGCAGCUCAUCACCAUCAUGCAGCGCUACGCCGACUCGGAGCACGUCGUGAAGAACGUCGCGGCCUCGCUGGCCAAGACGAUCGCGCAGAAGGCGAACCCGCUCGCGAUCCACACCGUGCUCAAGCAGAUUUACAAGGCGCUGGAGCUGCGCCAGUGGCAGAGCAAGGUCGCCGCGCUCAACCUGCUGAAGGAGCUUAGCGAGGCUGCCAGCGAGGAGGUGUCUGGCUGGCUGCCGGAGAUCAUGCCGAUCGUGACCGAGUACGUUUGGGACACGAAGAAGCAGGUACAGGCCGCCUCCAUUGAGGCGCUGAUCGCUGUCUGUUCCAAGAUCAACAACGACGACGUCGUGCCGCUCGUGCCCACUCUGGUGGGUGUCAUCGCUCGCCCCGAGGAGACCAUGAAGGCCAUUGACAGCCUGCUGGCCACCACUUUUGUCGCCAACGUGGACGCGCCGACGCUGUCUCUGAUUGCGCCGCUGCUGCACAAGGCCCUCCGCGACACGAGCAUCCACAGCUCGUCGCUGAAGCGCAAGGCGUCCAAGAUUAUUGACAGCAUGUGUCGCCUUGUGGUGCGUCCGUCGGACGUGAUGCAGUUCGUGCCGCUGCUGCUCCCGCAGCUUGAGACGGCCAUUGACCGUUUGAUCGACGAGGAGGUCGUUGAGGCCGCCAAGGAAGCUCGCGCUCACCUGGUGCACGCCGCUGGUGAUGGCGAGGCGAUGGAGGAGGACCCCAUUGAGAUCCGUAACAAGCUGGAGAACGACAUCCACACUGCGUUCACCGACACGCUGGACCGCCCGACGCACUCUGGCCUGAACGACUUCACCCUUGCGUAUGUCUCGGACGUGUGCACGGAGCUGGCCACCCAGAACCGCGGCUCGGAGUGGCGCGAGAUCGUCAUGGCUUACCUGCAGCCGCACAUGCACCACAAGGACGCGGAGCACAUCUGCGAAGCUCUGCGCGCCGCCGGUGGCGGCCUGGGCGAGGAGCGCGAGAAGUCCACGGACCCCAACGACGUGUGCGACCUGGACUUCUCCCUCGCGUACGGUGGCAAGAUUCUUCUGCGUAAUGCCCGCCUUCGCUUGACUCGCGGCCACCGUUAUGGUCUGAUCGGCCAGAACGGUGUGGGUAAGACCACGCUCAUGCGCAACCUGGCCAAUGGUGCCAUUGAGGGCCUCCCGGAGACCCUGCGCUCGGUGUACGUGCAGCACGAAGACAUUGUCGAGAGCCAGGGAAGUCUGCUGGAGUCCAUGUGCAAGGCCCCGGAGCUGUCGCACCAGACCCGCGAGACUGUCGAGAAGACUCUGGUGGACAUUGGUUUCACACAGAAGAUGCUGGAUGGCGAGAUUGACGCGCUGUCCGGUGGUUGGCGCAUGAAGCUGGCGCUUGCUCGCGCCAUGCUGUACAACGCCGACGUGCUGCUGCUGGAUGAGCCGACGAACCACCUCGACGUGCAUGCCGUGCAGUGGCUGGUGGACUACUUGAACUCGCUCGAGACGAUGACGGUGCUGCUGGUUUCGCACGACACCGGGUUCCUGGACAACGUGUGCACGGACAUCUUCCACUACGAGUCCAAGAAGCUGGUGCUGUACCCGAUGACGCUGUCCAAGUUCGUGGAGAUCCACCCGGAGGCCAAGCACUACUACGAGCUAAAGUCGUCUGACAUGGUGUUCAACCUGCCGGAGCCUGGCCGUCUCGAGGGCAUCAACUCGAUGACGCGCCGUAUUCUGACGCUCGACAAUGCCACGUACACGUACCCGGGCGCGUCCAAGCCGCAGCUGAACGACGUGUCGGUGAAGUUGUGUCUGGCGUCGCGUGUGGCUGUGAUCGGUGUGAACGGCGCCGGUAAGUCGACGCUGAUCAAGAUGAUCGUGCAGGAGACGUCGCCCGACACGGGCACCUUCUGGAAGCACCACGCCGUCCGUGUGGCGUACGUGGCGCAGCACUCGUUCCACCACGUGGAGAAGCACCUCGACAGCAGUCCGGUCGAGUACUUCCAGUGGCGUUUCGGCGGCGAGAACGGUGUCGACCGCGAGCUGAGCGACCACGUGAACCUCAAGCAGACGGAGGAGGAGAAGAACCUCGUGGGCAAGAAGCAGGGCCAGGUCGAGAAGAUUGUGUCCCGUACCAAGGGCAAGCGCGGCACGCUCGAGUACGAGUGCAAGCUCGUGGGCAUGACGGAGCGCCACAACAAGCGCUACACGCUCGAGCAGCUCCAGGAGAUGGGCCUGGGCGCUCUGGCCGAGGCGGAGGACAUCCGUCAGGCCACGCUGGCCGGCGGCCUGGACCUGCGCCCGCUCACGACCAAGGAGAUCCAGCGUCACCUGGACGACUUCGCGCUGCCGGCCGAGUUCGGCACCCACGGCAAGAUCCGCGGUCUCUCGGGCGGCCAGAAGGUGAAGCUUGUCAUCGCCGCCGCCAUGUGGAACCGUCCGCACUUGCUGGUGCUGGAUGAGCCGACGAACUACCUGGACCGCGCGGCGCUGGGCGCGCUGGCGGACGGUAUCCGCCAGUACGCGGGUGGUGUCAUUAUGAUUUCUCACAGUGAAGAGUUCUACAACUCGCUGUGCACGGAGAAGUGGCUCGUGGAGUCCGGCCGCCUGACGAUCAUCGGUGAGGCCCAGGAGAAGGAGUACCGCGCCGGCGGAGGCCGCAAGGUGGUCGAGGAGGAGCCCGAGGAGGAGAAGAAGGUGGGCAGCAACAUCAACGCGUCCAUGAAGCGCACUAAGCUCACGAACCCCAAGACGCUGCGGCCGCUGAGCAAGCAGCAGAUCCGCAAGCUCAGCAAGCUCUGUAAGGCCGCGGGUGUGUCCUUCGACGACUACGUGGACGGCCUCACGCGCGAGAGCCCCGAGUGGAAGUGGCUGUAAGUGAUAGACCUAACUUACUAUUGAAUCAAUAGACGACCGACGCUU